UACUUUCUACGCUAAAAUUUGUCGGUACCACACUCGUAUUGAAGCAUUCAUGCAGGAGAGAUUUUCUUGGCAAGAAUCCGGAAAUAUUCAUUAACGUAGGAAAAACAGAUAUUUAAUAUCGUUUGAAGAUCUGACAUUGUCAUCAUCGCGAGCUGACACAAGUGCCCUGGGCUGGCUCAGAAUGCUACAUAAAUUAACAGCAGUUAUACCAGCAGUCCACAUCGCAGAAGAAAACCCUGAACUGCGCUCGAACUUCGACCGCAUAAUCUUCACAAUCCUACCAACCGAGCCAGUUGUGAACGCCUGCUGUCUUAUAACUGCACCGUAUGGCACUGUGGCGAGCUAGUGUCGCUUUAUCUUUCGUAUUGUUGUUGUUAUUCCUCAUUCCAUCCGUGGAAUCGAGGAGAAGACGACCAAAAGGAAGAAAAGACGAUCACAAGCAAGCUACUCUUCAGGAGCUUUGCCGUAAGUCGGGGCAGAACUCAAGAAAGAACAUUUUGGAACUCCAAGCAUUUGUCGACCUCAGCAAGGCUUUCGCAUGUUUGAAGGUAGAAACAUGUUCAAGAAUUCCAGUUUGUUUCGUCGAGGAUACGCCCGACCUCAGACAAGAAAAUCUGAACGACUGUACAGUUUGGAGCCUACUCUUGUUAGGGCUGCAGACCAAUCGACGAAUUGAGCCUGUGAUGGAAAGCCGUGCGAAUCGUCGUAACAAUGCGCAUGUCAAGCCUCGCACGGACUACACCUGGGACGAGGCCGUUAGCAGCCUUUGCCAUGGCGCCAAUGUAUAUCGUUUCAUACCCGGGGAAACUGUCGAGGAGGGAGGAAGUAGCAGAAAUGAAACCAACAAAAAUUCAUCUUCCACUGACACUGGAACGUUGAAACCCAAAACAUCCCACAGAAAUACAACCCUUCCAAGGAGAAGUCGCACUCGAAGGAGAAGGCAAGGUGGUGCAUUGCUAAGCUCCGUUCUCAGGAGGCAAAUGAAGAAGGUGAAAAGACAGAAUGCCAACAGCAAUUCAUCCUGUGGCAUUCUUGAUGGUUGUACUCGCAUUUGUGUUGGCCAGAACGAGAAAUUCACCCAUGUGUCCGACUGCACACAGUUUAAGAUCCAAUGCACGUCUAAAAAGUUCUUCAGAUCUCGUUCAAGAACGGGGAGGGGAAAGGAUAAGAGGAAAAACUCACGGAGAAAUAAUUGAAAGAAAGUGACCCGGAAUGCAAAACAGGACAUAACUGGUUAAUGAGAAAAGACUAAUAGGGGAUAUGCGAUUUCAUUUUUCUUUCUAAAAUUCUCUUCUCAGAAUUUUAAUUUGCACGUCCACAGGCGUCCUGUAGAGAUUAUUGAAAGUUUGGUAAGAAUUUUCGUUAAAAUACAUUAAUUGUCAUAGGCUUGCCAUAUAAUGGUCUGUAAUACUUGACAUAACAGAGCCACAUUACCAGUGCUUUCCUUGUAAGACAAGCUCUUACAGGGCUAAACAAUUAAAUUAAACUCUCGGAUACUUGGAAAUGUUGAGCGGAAAGCACGGCCACAACAAUAACGACUCUAAAGACAUAAUCAAUGGUGUUGUUGACAUAAUAACAUAGAAGCAAAACUUAAUCGCAGUUUCUUCAUUGUUUGAGAAUGGCAGAUUGUAUCUAUCUCCAUUUCUCAAUAUUCUUCAAUCUGAAGCGAUGAGAAGCUUUUGAGAAACAUUGGAAAGGCGGAUAAAUUACGUCAUUGUGUACAAGUGGUUGUCCGGCCAAAACUGAUUUCCUUAUACCACACUUUUAAUUUAGCAAUCGCAUUUUAAGACAAUGUUCUGCGCUUUUGCUUGCCUAGAUAAAUCUUGUUUUAGUGAUGAUUAGUAUAGGUAGAGCAAUGCAUGUUUGCAAUGCGGAUAAACUUUCCCACGCUGGAGUGACGCCUUGCAAAUUUUAUUGGUUUCUUGUAAAUGAUUCUUUGAGUCAAAGCCUGUAAAUAGAAUACGGAGUUUGCUAGCCAAAAUUGAAUUAGUUCUUAAAGAGCAAAUAAAAGGUUAAAAAGUUUUAUCAAA